AUGGGACCAAUUUGGGAAGUGGUAGGAGGCCUGCAGCGGGGCGGCCUCCUCGUGCGGAUUGGCAAGGACACCAGCUCCGAGCCCUUGGCUGACCGACUGCAGACGGGCGCCUUCGUCCGGCAACUCGAGAAGGAUGGCGAUCGCUUGUGCUACGAGCUCCUCUUUGGCCAGGGCCCGCAGACGGGGUGGAUCUCUUGUGCGUCGCAAGGCAAGCCGCUGCUGGCUGCUCGGAGCGAUCUCUGGGAGGUCGUUGGCGGCGGGGAGAAGGGGGGGCUCUUGGUGCGUCGAGGACGUGACCUGACGUCGGAAGCGUUGGAGGAGCGCCUUGCGACCGGUUCGUGGGUGAAGGAGCUGGAGCCGCCCAAAGACGGAAGGCUCCACUUCGCGCGGCUCGCCGGGAGCGGCCCAGAAGAAGGCUAUGUAAGCCUACAGGUCGGCGGGAAGGAGCUGCUGAAAAAGGCGGCCUCCCACCAGGCGGCAAUCCCUGCCGCGCCAUCGUCCGCGCCGUCUGCGCCCUCGUCCAGGAAGCUGCGCAUCUUCGCUUUGGCAGGCAGCAUCACUUGCAAGGAGCUUCUGAAGUUCCAGUGUGGCCAGCUUGCUGCGCUGCUCGGCAAGGAUGCAGUGGAGUGGACCUAUGCCGAGGGCACCGUCUUCCAUCCAUGGGAGCUGUCGGAGCAGCUGAGCGACUUCGAGAGGACGGUGGCUGGCAAGCGCCAGCAGUUGAUAUCCUGGUAUGAGGACAUCUACCACUGCAAGCAGGACGAGAUGUUCUUCAGGAAAACGUACCUGCUUUGCCUGCGCCUGGGCCCCGUCGUGGGCAGCUAG